CGAUCGACCGCCGCCCCCUCCCCCCCUCCCCCACCCCCAAUCGGCAGCAGCGCGAGUGAGAAGCAAAGCAUGGCGCGCCGGAGCAGCCUGCUCCUCGCCGCCGCCGCCGCGGCUCUGCUCGCCGUGGCCGCCGCAGUGCCGCCGACGUGCGAGCGCAUCGAGUGCCCGGCGUACGAGGUGGUGGACAGCGCCAACGGGUUCGAGAUCCGGCGGUACACGGACGCCAUGUGGGUCUCCACCUCGCCCAUCGAGGACAUCUCCUUCGUCGCCGCCACGCGCGCUGGCUUCCUCCAGCUGUUCAACUACAUCCAGGGCAAGAACGCGUACAACGAGACGAUCGAGAUGACGGCGCCGGUGCUGACGCUGGUGCUGCCCAGCGACGGGCCCUUCUGCGCCUCCUCCUUCGUCGUCAGCUUCUACGUGCCGGCCAAGAACCAGGCGGACCCGCCGCCGGCCGAGGGCCUGCGCGUGCACCGGUGGGCCGGGGCCAGGUACGCCGCCGUGCGCCGGUUCGGGGGCUUCGUGUCGGACGCCGACGUCGGCGAGCAGGCCGCGCGGCUCGACGCCAGCCUGCAGGGGACCAAGUGGGCCGCCGCGGUGAACGAGGGCCGCACCGCGGGCAAGGCGACGUCCUACACCGUGGCGCAGUACAACUCGCCGUUCGAGUUCAGCGGUAGGGUCAACGAGAUAUGGAUGCUCUUCGACGGCGCCAAGGAGGGCUCUGCCAUCAUGUAAGCCUGUGAGCCGUGAGUAUCUAUCUUCAAGAUAUCAAGUGUAGUGUGUACCUGCUCGAAUAAGUAUCUUGUUUUUUUCCUUGAGAGAAAGUGGUAGUGUAAUUACUGUGCUCUGCUGAUGAAUAAUGUAAGCUUACAAAUAAAGCUGCUCAAGUAAAUAAUAUUUUGCAUUGAAUUUA